AAUGUGAAGAAUGCUCCUUAUAUUGGAGGUCAGUGGGAAGAAGGUUCUUUACAUUGGUGGUCAGUGGGAAGAAUGCUGCUUACAUUGGUGUCAGUGGGAAGAAUGCUUCUUACAUUGGUGUCAGUGGGAAGAAUGUACCUUACGAUUGGUGGUCAAUGGAAAGAAAAUGCCCCUUACAUUGGUAGUACAGUUGGAAGACUGCGCCCUUACAUUGGUGAUCAUGUGGGAAGAAUGUUCCUUACAUUGGUGAUCAGUGGAAGAAUGUCCCUCACAUUGGUGGUCAGUGGGAAGAAUGUUCCUUACAUUGCGUGAUCAGUAGGAAGAAUGCCCCCCUUACAUUGGGGGGUCAGUGGGAAGAAUGUCCCUUACAUUGGUGGUCAGUGGGAAGAAUGUUCCAUACAAUUGGUGAUCAGUAGGGAAGAAUGCCCCUUACAUUGGGG